UUUUCUUAUAUGUUAUAUUUUGAAUUUUUCAAAACGUCUAUAAAUUAUUAGAAAUUUGAAGAUUCCCACUCUGAAAAUUUUGUGAUCAAUAGAUUAUUAGAAAUGUUUAUUCCGUGCAAGGCGCGGACCUUAUCCUAGUAUGUUAUUAUCUAAGAUAUUACAUCAACUAAGUGGUUAACACUUGCCACACCUCUGUCACUCGGUCCUUUUAGCAAUAUAAAUAUUUAUAGCAAUAUUGUAGAAGAAGAUCCACACUUAUUUCUUCGGCCGCAAUUCUUUUCAUUUUACUUCAUCGGUGGCCCAUAUGUAUAUAUACAUAUACUUACUUUUCAACCAUAUGUAUUAAUGCUGAAAUGCAAAGAUGAAUUAAUUCACUACACGGUUAUGAUUUACUCAGUGUACACAUAAACUUUGUAACGAGCUAGUAAACCUAGUUUAGAGUAAGACAGACUCUUCUAGAAUUGAGAAAUAAAAAACGAAUUUUAAUACUCAUCAACAAGAGAUUGGCAUUUUUUAACCAAUAUGUAUAUUAGUAUAUAUAGCUGAAUACUAGAUUUUUACCACUUGAAUAGUUAAGUGUGUGAAACUAGAAUUGGAAAUUGGCCGUAUUUUAUCAAAGUGUUGAGUUUCUUGACAAUGAAAGGGAAGAGAGAAGAGGGAUAUAUAAUUGAAUUUGAAAGAAGCCUCGAAUUUGGACUGUCUGCGUAUGCAUCCCCACUGUUGCAUGCAGACACAUUUUCACCAUACCUCCGCUUCUCUCAGUCUGAUGAUGUCAUAAUCUCAGACUUUUGUGAAAUAAUACCUAUUACUACAACUCGAAUUCUACAUGCAAUAAUAAAAGGGUUCAGACAAUUGGCUACCUUUUAUCUUUUAUUACUGUCCUCGAGCUAGUUUGAAAGUAUUUGAGUAACUGAAAAAGUUACCUGAUUACUUCUUGUCACUAAAUAGACUAUGUCAAAAGAGAGCGGUAGAUCAUUCGCAGCAUAUGAGUAGAUUAAAGAGCAGCAGUAUUUAAACGAGCAUUUGUUUAUCUUCAUGUAGAUGGGGCCCCACUGUACUUUCAGACAAAGGCUUUUAACAGAGGACUAGUGUCAUAUGGAUUCUCUUCCGUUUAGUUCCCAAAAUACCCUCCUUCUUUCUUUUAAGAGAUUCUCAAACCUCCAAAUUGUUACAUAACCCUAAUUUCCUUGUCCAUUUAGAAUCAGCAAAAACAAAAUCUUUUGUCACUAUAAAACCCUUUUUGUUUUGUUCGAAGUCAUCUUCUUAAUAUUAUUAAAAUUAUAUAUCAAAAAUGAUAUUCAACAAUUUUAGAAUUGUUUCCCUAAACUAAAACAUGCACUUGAAAGUUGCUUACACAACAAAAAGAACCCCCAAUUUUUCAAUCAGUUUUGUUGAGUUGGUGGACACAUUGGUCAAUUACUGCCAAGUGCCAACCAUCCAAACAAAACCAUUUACGGCAAAGUUUAAUGAAAUUUUAUUUUUGCCAAAAUAGGAAGGAAAAACACACAUGCAAAAACUAAAAGAAUAAAAGAAAUAACAAAAAAAAAAGAUAAAGAGUUGUCUACAAUAUUGGGCUAGAGCAGAGUAUUUAUAUCACCACCCACGAGCCUUUGCUUUUCCUUCACCACCUCUCCUAUAUCUGUUUUCUUCCCGGAGUCAUUCGUCUGAUCUCAUCAUCAACAACCACAACUACUCAAACAAACCUUUGAGAAAGAAAGAGAAAAAUAUAAUCUAAGAGAAGAAGCAUGACCUACUAAUAUUAGUAGUAUCUCUCCUCAGUGAAAAAAAUCAUAACUAUUUUGGAUGGUCAGAUCACACAAGCAAGAAGCACGCGUCUCUGCUACUUACAUCCAAUCAGUGAAGCCACAACGUCCUCCUUCCACCACCAUGACCACAACCACAGAUGGCACCAAGGGCGGCAAAACGCAGACGCAUAAGAAACAAGUGAGAAGACGACUCCACACAAGCCGUCCUUACCAAGAACGUCUCCUUAAUAUGGCCGAAGCUCGCCGUGAAAUCGUCACCGCCUUAAAACACCAUCGCGCUUCCAUGAGACACGCCGCCAAGAUUCCACCGCCUCCACCGUCUCAUCCGCCGCAGAAACUGUUUUCGCCACCGCCACCACCACCUCCUCCAGAUCCAUUUUCUUGGUUGAAUCCACAACUCAAUUCACUCCUCCCUAACCAACCUCUAGGGUUAAACCUAAAUUUCCACGACUUCAAUGACUUCAUCCAAACCACGUCAUCGUCUUCAUCAUCAUCCUCGUCUUCUUCAAGCUCAUCAUCAUCAUCCUCAGCAAUAACGAAUCCACAUAUCUACUCCACCCCUUCACCUCCCCUUUCCACCUUCUCCGCCACAGCUCCUCAACAACCGCCGAAGCAGCUGAUGGAAACGGAAAACAACGUGGAGACGUCAGCUUGGUGGUCAGAGCUCAUGAUGAAGACGGUGGAGACGGAGAUGAUGAAGUCGCAGACAGUCGAAGAUGACGUCUUCCCAAAGUUCAAUGACGUCAUGGAGUUUCCUUCUUGGUUGAAUCCUACGGAUGAAGAAUUGUUUCAUCCUUAUAAUCUCUCUACUCAUUACUCCUCCCCUCGCAAUCCUCCAUUGUCCUGUAUGGAGAUUAAAGAAAUUGAAGGCAUGGAUGGAGACGAUUGGCUUGCCUGGCUGAGCCACAAAGAUUGAUUACUGUGUUUUUUUUCAGACAUGUUGAAUCAACUCUUUGGUUCUUUUCUUAUUUAUUUGUUUUCUUUCUAAUUUUUUUUUUGGUUUGGAGACGUAAGAAUUUAAGAAUAACAACAUGCCUGCGGAGAGAAAUGUUCGGUUUGGCAAAAGUCACAAAUGAAUGAAAUUAAACUUCUCUUA